AUGCCCAACCUCCGCACCGUAAUCCAGGAAACCCACCGCACCCUGGAAUCCGCCAGCAUACCGGACGCCCGCCUUGAGGCCGAGGUGAUGGUGAUGGACGUCAUGCGGAUGCCACGCCACGCCAUCUUUGCGGAACAGGAAUCCCAGGUCUCUCCCCAACAACAGGAGCAACUGGCCGCCAUCGUUACCCGGCGCCUCACCCGAGAACCGUUGGCUUACAUCCUGAACUACCGCGAGUUCUACGGCGUCAACCUGCUGGUGAACCCGGCCGUGCUGAUACCCCGUCCCGAGACCGAGACCAUGGUGGAGCACGCGCUGUUCAUGGCGUUGAUGGGCAUGGAGAGCCGCGAACUGGUGAUUGCCGACGUGGGAACCGGGACCGGCGCCAUCGCCGUCAACCUGGCCAUCCACCUGCCGGCGGCGCGGAUCUACGCCAGCGACGCCUACGACGCUACCCUGGACGUCGCCGCGUACAACGUUCGCAUGCACAAUGUCGCCGAUCGUGUCACCCUGCUGAAGGGCGACCUUCUAGAGCCGCUGCCCGAGCCGGUGGACGUCAUCGUCGCCAACCUGCCCUACCUGCCCACCGAGCGCAUUCCCACCCUGCAACCGGAAGUCCAAUGGGAGCCGGUCGCCGCGUUGGACGGCGGAGCAGACGGCCUGGACCACGUCCGGCGUCUGCUGUCCCAGGCCGCGGAAUCGCAAGAGGAUGGGGACAACCGACUAAAACCCCAUGGAGUAAUCCUAUUGGAGAUGGACCCGGAGCAGAUGACCGAGGCCCAAUCGUUAGCGUCCGAAGCAUUCCCUGAAGCAGAAAUCACCGUUGAGCCAGACCUUGCGGGUUUGGACCGAGUAUUGUCGGUCAGCCUGGCCGGCAAUCUUUAG